AUGCUAAACAGAUCUACGCUCGCACUAGCUGCAUCCAAUAUUGUAAUACCACCUACUACAGCUCUCUCGAGUAUCCCACUGUCCCUACUAGAUCCAGGAACCGAACUCGAACCAACGGAUGCAGGGAGCAUUCCUGCUCCCUCCGAGUCUACUAGGAAAACCCCAAAGACCGGUAGCAAGGCAAAAAUGCGCCCAGGCAACGCGAAAAACGGACGGAACUUAUGUGCGCUACGUUGGCUCAAGCAGACCAAGCGCAAUGGGACAACAGACAUCAGGUAA